GGAGGAUUUAAUGUCAACUCUACAAAAGUUAAAAGCAUUUGAAAUUUACAUCUGUUGUAUUUUUGUUAUUUAUUUACUUACGCUUGUAUUCGGCCAUAAGUCGUCUGAGGGCAGAUCCAGCCAUUACGAGAAAUUUUGUAGAGCAGAUCAGCAGAUUGUAAGUUGAAGAAGACACGUCUCUAUAGCUCAAUCAUAAUAAUAUAGAUCUAAGACCGUGAUAUAUAUUAUGGAUAUUAUGAUAUAAUAAUUGAUAACGAAAGACCUGACCACGGUUACAGAUAAUAACCAUAUACUAUAUAUAAUAGAAGUAAUUACUCUAUGAUAAUAACAUUACCCACGAAUACACGAUUCACAACUCACAAGUAGUCACACUCGAUCAGUUUAACUUACAUGUGCAGCUUAUCACGUAUUUUUUUCUAUGCGUGUGACGUCAUAUUUGUGCGAUAAACUGAGAAAACUGUGCAGUUCUGGCAGAAUUCUACGCAGGAUAUUACGAAAAAUACGUGAUACGAAAAACUAGGUACUUUGCAACGAUAAACUACACGUUUUUUUUUUUUUUUUUUUUCCGAAACUUUAAAAAUUCAAUUAGUUACAACAAUUACACUUAAAAAUACAGAAAGAUAAACCAACGUAAAAAUAGGAAAUAUAAAAGUCGUUAAUAUGAGCUUAAAUAUGCUUAAAUUUUAGAACUUUCCGUACUAAUAAAUAUCAUUUUCCUCCUUAAAGCCGCACUGCAUAAACAACAUAUUCCUAAGUCCAAAAAUUAUCUCCCCCUCAUUAAUUUAAUCACCAUUAUGUUUCUAUUUAUUGAUUACGAUACCUUUUAUUCAUUAUGAUUAUUUUGUAUUAAAAUUUAACUAUCCAUUUAGUUCAUUUAAUCGAACAGUUUGCACAGUCUGAUCUAAUUGUUUCUAGCCACGCACGUCAACUCUUCUAUAAUAAUAUCCCUAAGUGCUUGAAAAGAAACUAGUAUUGACAAUUUUAAAUCUUCAUAGCUCCUCUCUGUGGUCUGUUACCUAAACCCGAAGCGUAGAAAUUAGUCUUACAUGAGAAGGUAUUAGGUCUCUCAUGACUAUAUUUUGUUUUUCAAUAAGAGGUACAACUUUACUCAAGUACACUUAAAAAUGUUGUCACAUCCAUUUCUUGGUAAUUAAUGAAAUCGGCAAUCUCUCCUUUUUUCAACUCAUUCAACAAAUGACAAUAGCUGGACAAAAACAAUUCUUGCUCCAUCGUUCACGGUGCCUUUUCUUCCACUUAUCUUCUUCAAGCAGAACUGCUGCAAUAAUUACUCAACACACUGCUACCCUUUUUUUUUUUGCGGUCACUCAUUGUCGUAAAUAUACACGCACAGUAGACUGUGACUACACCGCCGCACGAAAAAAUUGAGAGAACUGUGAACAUACUGAGAAAAAAUCUGAAAUAGCUUACACGUUUAAACGUUUAUAACUCUAAAACUAAGCCAAAUAUUUACUCUGACUUUAAUAAAAAAAACUUUGUUAUCAAAAUAUCAAUGAAUACAAAUAAUAAUAAUAAAAAUGUCAAUUUUUACCACAAUUUUGAUUAAUUCUAAAAAUGAUAUUAUGUCAACGAGAUUUCCUUCUAUUUUUAUCGAUUGCAAAGUCAAAAACCUCGAUCGGUUUAUUGCGCCAUGCAUCACUAUUACCAUUCAUCACAUUAAAUGUAUAAUAAUAUAUAUUAAACUGUUUUGAUUUUUAACUUUUUUCAAAUUUUCGAAUUAAGACUGAAAAUAGCUUCCUUGUGGUCUCAAACUUGCCCAAAAAAAAAAUUUCAGAACUUGCUCUUUGCAUAUAUAUUUUUUCCACCCAUUUUAGUAUCGUAUCAAUACUUCACAUUUACUCAUUAAGUUCGAAAGUUACGAGGUUGUACAUAAUUUUUUCUUAAAGAUCAUACAAAAUACAAAAGUUUCACUUGGAAUCAUUGGUAGAAAUUUAUAAAAAUUGUAUAACCUAAGGGUUUUUUAACUUUUUUAUUUAUAGUAUUAAAAGGUUGUAUAACUCAGCCACUUUUUAAUCAAAAAUGUUCAAAUAAGAUUCAUUUUUUUAAGUUAUGAAAAGGCCUUGUUAUUGAUAAUUGAUUAUAAAUUAGUUUCCUAGACUAUAUUGAGUUGAAAAUUUAAAAAAAAUCUGUUAAUUUGUAUAGAUUUUUACAAAUGAGCUAUUCUUAUAACAGUACAAUUUCACUUGAUUCCAAGUGAAUCUUAUUUAUUUUUUUGCGAUUUUUAAGAAAAAGCUAUGUACAACCUCGUAACUUAAAGAGUAAAGUAAAUGUGAUCUAAAAACACUACCUAUAAUUUAUUUUAUCGCCCUUCAAACUUCGUGCAUUUGACAUUUGUGCGUGUUUAUUAGUUUUUUUACAGCCUAUUGCUUAUAUUAUAGCAAUCUGUACGCAAUUUGGAAGCCACUGGGCCUUAUCAAAUAUUGCCAACUGUCAACAGAACGUACGAGAUGGAUAAGCGAUUGUUUAAAAUAUGUAUAAUAUUAUUAUCUAGACAUGAGCUCUGGCGUUGCCCGCCAAAAAUAAAUAAAUCGACCAUUCCCUAAGUCUGUUACUUUUACUAUUGCCACAAUCAGGUAGUUAGUACAUAAAAUAAAUUAAAAUAUGGUAUGUUCUAAAACUUGAAUACUGUGAACUAUUAAGUAUAAAGUGUAAUUGUUAUAAUACCAAAGGUAAAAAUAAAGAUUUACAAACAAAACAUUUAAUGUUAAAGUUUAUUUUUUUUCAUUUAUUUUAUAGUAUAUAAUGAAAUUGUGAAUUACCACGUUUUGAAAUGGAAUUGUCAACUAUUGAAAAUGAUGAAGUCGAAGUAGAGUUCAUUAAAGAUGAAGAAGUUAUUCACAUAAUAAAAGAAGAGAUAUCACCUCAAAGUUAGUAUUGGCAUCCAUAAUAAACAACGGUAUAUGCAUAUUACUUAAAGAUAUAUAUAUAUAUAUAUAUAUAUAUAUAUAUAUAUAUUCGCAAUAUAUAAUUAGGUAUUAUAAUAAGCAAAUGUAAUUUCGGGAAAAGGUUGCCAGUAUAGAGGCAGCCGCUCAUUGACGGCACCCCUAUUUACAUAGUAGGUAUAAUAUAUAUUUUAUAAAUUAUAUUAUAUUUUCAUUAAGAUAAAUCAUUUAUGUACUGUGCUUGUACAUCCAGUGAUUUUAAACACCUUAAUGCUCUAAUUGUAUAUUAAUACAAGGUAUCCCACAAGGAUAAGGACUACAAAUAUUUGUAUUUCAAUUAUUUUUUUUAUAUUUUAGUAAAUACUUGAAAAAAUAACUUUAUUUUAUUGUUUUUGAAAAAUGUUAAAAUAGCUAUUUUAUAGAGUUUAUUAUAAUUCUUCUGAAAAUUUUGUGUAUUAAAUUUUUAUUUUCAUUAAAUUCAUGAUUUUUAAUAAUUUUGUAAAGGUCAGAGAAAAAAAAGUAUACAGUCAAUAAGCUAUGAUAAUAAUAACCCAUUAGUGAAUAUGAAUAACGUCCUGCUGCAUAAUAAUAAGUACAUUUCUCUAAACUUAAAAAAUUAUUAUAAAAUCACAAAAAUGUAAUGAAAAUAAAAAGUUGAUACGUCAUAAUUUUCAGAAAAAUAAAAUGGCUAGGUAUAUUGACAUUUUUCAAAAAUAAUAAACUAAAGGUAAUUUUUUUUAAGAUUUACUAAAACAUACAAAUUUAAUUAAAUUAUAAAUAUUUGUAUUCCUUAUCUUUGUGAUAUAUAUAAAAAAAACUAGAAUUUGAUUAUCUUUAUUACCUCAGUACAUAUUGUAAUAAAUAUAUUUUCGUAGGACACUGUAUAUCGUAAAUACAGAUUAAAAACCAGAUAUACAAUAGAGUAGAUAGAAAGCUUGAAAAGAUAUAGGAUAUAAAGAAUUUUAAAUUUUAUUCUGAAAGCAACAAUUAUUUAUUAACGAGUAUUAACCAUUUUAAUAAUUUUGUUUUUAUUUUAUUAUUAAUUAUUUAUUACAAACAAAAAUUGAUUCUGAGCAUAGUAGGUACUAUAAGUCAUUAGUAAACCAAUGUUUGUUGUCAAUUUUUAAAUUUUAUGGGAAAACAUGUGAAUUUAGACAUCUUUUCCAAGUAAAUGACCAUAGGUCAGACAUUUUUUCUUAAAAAAAUCCGAGCAUUUUACUUAACAAAAUAUUUUCAAAAAAUAUAUAAAGCGUAAGUUUUAGAAAAAGGAUUUGGAAUUUUGAUGAAUCUUUUUAAAUAAAUUAUCAUCAAGUAAAAAAUCCACAUUUUUUAAGGUAUAGAAUAAGAAAAAAAUUAUUUUUACUAACUGAAAGUAUUUACCGAAGAAAAAACAUUGCAAAACUUACAACUUCUUUACUACUCUCAGAAUCUAAAAUACAAAGCUACUGAUAUUUAUACAAAUGUAUAAUGAUAAUCAAAAAAAAUGUUUUGUAAUAAAUAUAAUUGAUGUAAUUCAAAUUUUAAUAAAAAAAAACUAAUAUUAAAUAAAACUUAGAUUAGUUUUAAAAUUUAAACUCAUAUAGUUUUUUAAUUUGCAGAAAACCGUUCAAAGGCCCUAACCAAAACAUCCAAAAAACUUAAAGAUACCUCGCAUAACUAUCAAACUUCAAUUACAAGUAAGUAUAAAUUAAAAUUACUAUUAUAUAAAACAAUUUUUGAAAAAUUAACAUAUUUGUGUGUUUAUAAAACUUAAUUUCAGUUUGUAUUUAAAUUCAUUAGUAAGAUUUUUUUUUAGAACAUUAUUAUUUAAAAAUUUAUUAAUUUAUAAACCCAGUGGUGUCCUGUCUAAGUCACCGAGUUUGCGAUUUCUGACAGCACUCUUUUCUAAUGAGGUCCCUUGAAUAUUCAUUUUUUUUUUUUUCAAUAAUUUUGAUUAUAGCAGAGCAAAUUAGAACUAUUUGGGUUAAUAUUCUUAGCUGACAGAGGCUAAUAUUUUUAUUUGUUUUAUUUACCCCUCCUAAAGAUUUAAAAUGUAUGUAUUUUUAUUUGUAACUAGGAUGACUUUUAGUGGGUUUGUUUUUAAUUGAACCUAUAUGGAAGUGACCUUUUAUUAAUUUAGCUGACCAAGUAAUAUGAAGCCAUGUUACCACUGUAUAAAUUAAUUUGUUUUAGGUGUAUGUAAUAUAAAAAUUAUUGCAUAUACCUAAAUAAUAUUAUUUCUUUUCAAGGUUUAAUUUUAAAUUUAUUGUUUUAAUUUUAGACAAAAAAACCAAGAAAAAGUCAUAUUGCACUGAUGAAGAUUCUAGUGAAAGUGAAUCAGAUUUCAUACUAAAACCAAAGGGUGAAUACUUCACUAUAGUACAUAGUAUAUUUCUAUAUACUUUACUAUAGUUUUACUACGCUAUUUAAUUAACCUUUUUGACCAUCGGUAUUCAUUUUUUUUUACAGUUUUAUUUAAUGAUGGGGAUAUUCCAGGUGAAUAUAUGUUUAAUUUUAAUUUAAAAGAAAGAAAGAUUUCUAAAAAUGAAUCGAUUACAUUAUCUUCACAAACAACUCCAAAAAGUAAAACAAAAAUAACCAAAAAUGAUUUAGCAAAAUGCAGCAAAAGUGAUCAAGAUAAUUAUAAAGAUGAACAAGACACUAAAAGUAUGUUACCCAUAUAUUAUAAUACUAUGUCCAAAAAAUAAAAUAUUUAAUUAUUUGCUUUCUUUCUUUUCCCCUUUAGCAUGUUAAUAGUCAUGUCUACUGUAGCAUUACAACAAACUUAUUACUACUAACAAUACUGAAUAAUUCUCAUAUAAAAUAACCCUAAGUUUAAGCACCUUGUAAAGAACCCACCAAUAAAAAAAACCACAUAAAAUAUGUUUACAAUCAUACAAAAUAUUGUAUUGUUUAAAAUUAAUGACUUUUGUCUAAAAAUGUUAUUUAUUGUUGUAUAUAAAAUAUAUGAAUACACAGAUUCAUCAAUGAUUUAUAAUGGUUUCUUAAUUUAUAAAAAAAAAAUUAAGUGUCACAUUUAAUCCACGUAUGUUGAAAAUAUAAAUGUUUAAAUAGGUUUAAUGUAUAUUCAAUACCUGUAAUUUGAUAUUUUACAUAUUUAUAUUUUUUUUUAUGGUUAUUUAUUCGAAGGGAUAUUUUCUUUUUUUUCUUCAGUAUUGUAUUGUACUGCAACGUCAAAACAUUGAGUGAUCGUAAUAAGAUACUCACUAUCUCGGAAAGUAUAACAUUUUUCAGAAUUUCUUUUUAAAACAUUUAAGAAACAAGCAGUUCUAAAAUUUUACUGUAUCUUUAUUUUUUGAAGUGAAACAAAUACUUACUUUUAUUUUCAAAUAACAACUUAUAUUAAAAUUUCUACUAUUAGAUAAAGGUUAAGUUUAAAUAAAUUUUGGUAUUAGGUUAAUUUAUAUAUUAAAUUUUUAUGUUUACGUAGGAGAGUAGUUGGGUAUUAUUUACUCUGGCACUGUUCAGCCUUUGAACUACACUACAUUUCCCCUACUUACGAAAUGCCAAAAAUACAAGUGGAAUCUUGUAUAUUUAUUGAGUUUUUAAUAUAGGUUGCUAUUUGAAAAUCAAAUGUAGGUAGUGGUUUCACCCUUAAAAAUAAUGAAACAUUUUGUUUCCUAAAUUUUUAAAAAAUUUAUUACGAAUAAAGUUAAUACUUUUCGGGAUAAUAAAUAUCUCACAUUCAGUCAUCCUGUAUAAUGUUAACAAAAAAAAAAAAAUCGAUGACUUAUAGUGUGAUAUUGUUACAGUGUCUUAAUUUUUACCAUUAUACAGGGAUGAGUGCAAUGUUUAGUGUGUACCUUACUGGCCCAGUAGUCUAUGGCUGACUACUUAACUGCCAAACUAUGAAUUCCAUGUCUUGUAUUACUUUGUUUUCUGUAUUAUUGUAUUUAAGUUAUAGGAUUUUAAUAUUUAAUUUGAAAUUAAAUAAUAUUUUAAUUGAUUCCUAAUAAUGUUAUGUUUUUGAUUUCAGUUGAUAAUGAAAAAGAAAUUAAAUUUAACAUUUCUCAUAAAAGGUUAAUCAGAGCUACAUUGGAAGACAAGGAUGGUAUCUAAUCAAUUAAUAAAUAAAUAAAUUCAAAUACAUACUUAUGUUUAAUUUACUAGUUAUCAAAUAUUUUUUUUUUUUUUUUAUAGAAUCUAAAAGUCUAAAUGAUGACAAAUUUAACUAUGAAACACCAAAAAAAUCUAAAAAUAUGCAUACUUCAAAUAAUACCAAAACUCAAAGUAGUACAGACCUCAUACCAAACUCAGUGUCUAAAACCAUGUCUGUAGGAGAAGAAGAAUUACUCACAAAAACACCUAAAGUCGUCAGGAAGAAGAUUGCUAAAGGUUAUUUAGUUGUAUCUACAUUUGCAAUUAAUAUCCAACUUCUACAUUUUUAAAUACAUUUUUUUAGGAAUAGCCCAUCAGAAAAUUGAACAGCUCAAUGAGGCAAAUGAUUCAGACUAUAGUAUUAGUGACAAAAAUGAUGAAAGUGAUAGUGAUAAUAGUACUCCUUCUAAUGUUCAAAAACCACAGUCAGAAGUAUCCAGCAAUACAAAUAUUACAUUAAGAAGAUCUACUAGAAAAAAAGAAAUUUCUUUUGUAAAUAUUUUGUAUUCUACUUAACAAUUGUACUUUACUUUUUCUUCUAGGUGUUUUACAGGCCAUUUAGGCCCAUUGCCAUAAAAACCACUUGUCUCUAAUAAGUUUUUUUUUUGCAGGUUUUCCCCAUUCUCUAUUACAAGUUCUUUCAAGUCUUGAUUGCUCUAUUUUUCCAUUUUUGUCUGAGAUGUCUUCUUGGCCUUUUUGAGUUUGAAUUCCAAUUUGAAACCUGUCUAAUUGUCCUAGUUGAUUUCACGGGUCCAGCCCACGUCAAUCUAAUAUUUUUUAGGACGCCAUUGAUUUUCGUUUCUCUGUACAGAUUUUGAAUCUCCUGGUUUGUUCUUAUCUCAAAUUCCCCUAUAUUGUUAUUUUAAUGAUUUUUUUUAAUAACUUCCAUUUAAAAGUCGUUAGUUUUUAUUUUUCUGACUUUGUUGUGGUCUAUGCACCACAUGCAUGCAAGGCAACUGGCAACUGGUCUUAAUAGAAGUUUGUAAAGAAUUAUUUUUAUUUUCCAUGAUAAAAUCUUUGAUUUAAAUAAAGGUAUCAACCCAAAAUAACAUCUGUUUGCCGCUACCACAAACUAAGAUUAUUUCGUGGCCGCUGCUAAUCUUAAUUUUAUCUUUUCAUGGCUGUUUGUAUCCUUGUUAAUAUCCACUCCCCAGGUAUUUGAAAUAAAUUAUCAAUUCUUUCUAAUUUAUAGUGGCAAUUAUCCUGGUUUCUUGCUUUAUAAUUCUUCCUAGUUAUGACCAUGUUUGUAGUCUUUUCUUUGUUUAUUCUCUUCCCAUUUCCCAUCUAUUUUUUCGUAGUAUCCUUUAGACUCGUUUCAUUUUCUGUCAUUACAACUAUUUUGUCUGCAUAUCAGUAUAAUUUAACUCCACUCGCUGUGACUAAAGUUUCUCCUAUGACUGUUCUCUGUUGAUUUUGUAAUUUUGUUUUUCCUAUCAUCCUAUUGAAAUCUUUGUUUUGAACUUUGCUUUUAUUAGGAAGUGAUUAGAAAUUGCACUACAACCCCUCAUGUUUCUUACAUCUUCCACAAUUGAUCUUUACCACCAGUCAACAACUAUAACGUCUAUUUGGUUUAUUACCUUCCCACAACGUGAUAUCCAGGUCUGUUUAUAGAUGUUUUUGUGUGGAAAACUAUUACUUAAGACUAUGUUCCUUGCUGCUACAAACAUAAUUUAUUUAUUAAAAUAUUUUCAUUGGACUCAUCAUGAAAAUUGUUUUUUCCAAUAGUUGAUCUUUAUACCAUUUCUCUUCCAAUUUGAAGUGACCCCAUCCUGAUGUGUUUAAAAAUAAACCAAAUUGUUCCAUUUUACUUCAAUUGACGGUAUUAUAAUAUUAAAUCAUUUCCAUUUAAACUCUACUUAAUAAAUUCUGUCAGUCAUUGGUUCAAAAUUAAUAACAUUUGAUAGACUAUUUUCAAUUAUAAAGCCUAUUCCUAUGGUGCUCUCAUGGUUGUUACAUUUUACAAUUUAUAUAUUGUACUUACAUAUCUUAUGUUUUCAGAUGUAUAGAUCAGAAGAAUAUUUUUUAUCCAAAUCAAUCAAGUCUUUGAAAAAAUCUAAGACAUCAGACAAUACGUUAAAACUAUUAAAAAAUCCUAUCUUGGACAAAAAACAAGUUGAUCGAUUAUCCAAAAAUUCUAAUGCUGUACAUGAUAACAAAUUUAAGGCUCUACAUAAAGAUUAUGUAUCUAAAUUUCCAUACUGGUUGCGUUUACUUAAGUAAAUAUAAUCUACUUAAUCUAAAUCAUAGUGCUCAUUAAAAUUUUUUUUUAUAGAGAAGGGUUUAAUUUACUACUCUAUGGUUUUGGAUCCAAAAGACAAAUCAUUAAUGAUUUUAGGGAGUCAAUGUUAAAAAAUGAACCUUCAUUAAUAAUUAAUGGAUUUUUUCCAGGACUAACAUUAAAAGAAGUAUGUAUUAUAUAGAUAAUCAUGGUAUAUUGAUACAUUGUUUAAUAACAUUUAGAUAAUAUUAUUGCUUGCUAAUAAUUUAUAGAUUUUAGAAUCCAUAAAUAUUGAUAUAUUGGAUUUAGAGAGCUGUCCAGGAAGUGCCGAACUAGCAAUUCAACAAAUUGAAGAAACAGUGAAAGUAAAAAAUGUUGAUUUUAUUUACAUUCUUAUAAACAACAUAGAUGGCAUUGAAUUACAAAACUGUAAAACUCAACAUGUACUUUCAAGGAUUUGUUCAUUAAAAAAUGUGUGCCUUGUAGCAUCAAUUGAUAAAGUAAAUGCUGCUUUAAGUAAGUGUGAUGUGUUUAAAUUUUGUUAAUGAUUUAUUUAUUUUAGAUUAUGAGUGCGGUUUUGAAUUAAUGAAUUGGUUUUACUGUUUUUUUUUUUUUUUUGUGUAUCUCAGUGAACAACUUUUUUUUACCAUAAAUCUUACUUCUAUUUUGAAGUGUAGUAUCAUGUCUAUAUGAAAAUUUUGUUUAAUUGUUACAUUGUGUUUUUUGUAUUUUCCUUUUAGUUUUUAUUAAUUGAGAAAAAAUAGGAAUAUGUAUGAUAUUAGGAUUUCAUUAUUUUCGGUUUUAUUGUAAUUCUUCUCCUUCUUUUUCAUCCCAACUAUUUGGGGUUGGCCACCCUCCUUUUAAACUUCCACUUGAUAUGUUUGCCCACCUGGCAUACAUUGCUGUACUCAUUUCAUUCUCAUAAUCAUCAAACUACCUAUUUUUGAAAUUACUCUCAUACUCUUUUUUACUUGGUUUAUUCCCAUUACAAUUUUUACUGCUUAUGAUUCCUUUCUCCUUGUCUCUUGCCCAAAUGAUCUUGGUCUAUUUUCUCAAAUUUUGUCCACAAUGGAAAGCACCUCUUGUAUACUAAUACUUAAUCUUUCCUCAUCAUUCCACUCAUUCACCUAAACAUUCUUAUCUCUGCUACAUUCAGUUUCUGUUCUAUUUUUCUGUUUACCACCAAACACUAAAUCAUACAACAGUUGGUCUCAUCAUACAUUUGUAGAACUUUAAAAGUUUCAUUAGAAUUCUCUUAUUACAUAAAACAUUUGACUUUUUUUCCCAUUUUAUCCAACUACACUUAUUUUUUAUUCCACGUUCUUGUCAAGCCACCAUUCUUAUGUUCAAAAGAUCCUAAAUACUUAAAACUCUCAACCUUGACUAUUAAGUCACCACUUAUUUUCAUUACCCGUCUUUUGCUGUUCCUCCAAAUUCAUACUCUAUGUACUCUGUUUUACUUCUAUUUAUUCAUAGUCCCUUUCUUUCAUCCCAUUCUCUAGUCCUGAUUGCUAACUUCUUCUAUAUUUUCUCCUAUCAAAGGUACAACAUUUGUAAACAUGCAUCAUGUUACCUUCUCUGACCUCUUCUGAGAUGGAAUCCCUCAUACUAUUUUACAAAACUUUACACUGGCUGUCCACCAUUUAUUAAAUCUUACGGUUUUUUUUUCGUUGUAAUUUAGUUCAAAAUAACUAAAAAUCUAAAAUUCUCACAAUAUAUUAGUAUUUUCUUGGUGUCAUUACAAUUCUCAAAAAAUUCUGGUGGUUUUUUAAUGCUAUUUAAUAGUAAUUUUACAUUUUGGUGUUUUAGUUUUUUUGUUUUUAUUUCAAUUUAAUUAGUUUAGCUUAUAUAUUUUUUACUGGGUCUGUCAAUUCACAGUUGUACUUGGUGUUGUAAAAACAAGUCUUGGUUGUUUUUUUAGUAUACACUUUUAAAGUUCAAAUUUUAAUAGUAUCAGUAAAAUGUUGAGAAUUAUUUUUCAAUUUAUGUGAAUAUAAGUAUAAAAUCUUGUCUUAAUCAAAAUUUUUGAAAGGUUUAUUAAUUUAUCAUACUUAGUUUUUUAAUUACAUAUAUUAAUAAAAAUCACAGUAUUUCAAAAUAUGUUUCACCAACAUUCAUCAUAUUAUAAUGUCAGCAUUAAUUUAUUGUUGCAUACAGAUAUUAACAGAUACUAAUUAAAUAAUAUAGUAACCUACCUUUCCAAUAUUUUAAAUAUCUAUAAUUAUUAUAAUUUUUUUAGUGUGGGAUAACACAAAAUUAGGCGAUUAUAAUUUUAUAUGGAUGGACUGUACUAAUUAUUUACCAUAUACAGUUGAAACUAGUUAUAUUGAGUCUUUAAUGGUAAAAAAUACUGGGUCUAUACAUGCCUUUUCAGCAUUAAAUAAUGUUUACAAAUCAUUAAAUUCCAAUUCUAAACGUAUAUUACUAUUGCUAAUCAAAGAUCGUAUUGAAAAUAAAAAUGAUAAAAAAUAUGGUGGUAAGUAAUGAUUUUAAAUUUCUUUAAACUUAUUUCAAGUAUCUUAAAUUGAUCUAUUUUUACAGGAGUUCCAUUUUCAAUACUUUAUGGUUGGUGUCGUCAACAAUUUUUAGUUAGUACAGAUCUAGCUCUAAGAAGUCAAUUAACUGAAUUUGUUGAUCAUCAAUUAGUAAAAUGGAAACGUGAUGCUGAUGUUCUUUAUAUUCCAGUUGAUAUUGAUGUACUUUUACAGUUUUAUAAACAAAACGAAGAAGAUUAUGAAUAAAAGUUCAUUUUUAGUAUAUUUAGUUUUAAUAUGGGAAGUACAAUUGUUUUUAAAUUAAUUUUCAUAAUAAUAAUUCAAUAUACAACAUAUUAAAAAAAAAAAAAAAAUUGUUUAAUAUGUUUCUAUUCUAAAAUUAUAUAACUUUUCAAUAUUAACUUAUAUAAUAUUACGGUUCAUAUAUCUGACUAGAUAUCUACUUUUAAAAUAUUAGUUUUCAUCAAUUAAGCCCAUACC